CCCCCCCCCCCCGCAAUGGCGGCUCCGGGGGGCGGGGCCGCGUUGGAGGAGGAGUGCGAGGUGGUCCGCGUGCGCGUCAAGAAGAGCGAGGGCUUGCAGCCGCCCGAGUUUCGCUCCUUCGCCGUGGACCCGCAGAUCACAUCCCUGGACGUGCUGCAGCACAUCCUGGCCCGUGCCUUCGACCUGCAGGGGAAGAAGAGCUUCUCCAUCAGCUUCGCCGCUCGUGACCCGCAUGGCCAGGAGAGCUUCGUGCCGCUGCUGAGCGAUGGGGACCUGGCGGCUGCCUUCGCCUGUGCCCGGCCCGCGCUGCGCCUGCGCCUCGACGUGCGGCCCCCAGCUGAGAGCCCGCUGCUGGAGGACUGGGACAUCAUCAGCCCGCGGGAGGUGGCAGCAGUGGAGCCGCUCCCUGAGCGCCGCUCGCUGCUGGCUGCAGCUCUGCCCUUCACCCAGGCCCUGCUGGCACAGGUUGGCCGGACGCUGGCCCGGGCACAGGCUGCCCUGGCAUGGCCUGAGGGGUCCCCCCCCUCACCCCCACUGCCGCCCCCCCCCUGCACCCCACUGAGCGAUGCCGACCUCCGCACAUACCUGGGCCCUGGCGGGCGGCUGCUGCGGCCCCAUGACCUGCGGCUCCACGUCUACCACGGUGGUGUUGAGCCCGGCCUGCGCAAGGUGGUGUGGCGCUACCUGCUCAAUGUCUUCCCGCCGGGGCUCUCAGGGCAGGAGCGCUUGGCUCACCUGCGCCGCAAGGCGGGUGAGUACGCGGCACUGAAGGAGGUGCUGGCGGCACGGGCGGCCCCUGGCGAGCUGGCGCUCGUGGCGGCCGCCGUGCGCAAGGACGUGGUGCGCACUGACCGCGGGCACCCCUACUUCGGCGGCCCCGAGGAGGGGCACCCGCACUUGGCUGCGCUGCAGGCGCUGCUCACCACCUUCGCGCUGGGCCACCCGCGCCUCUCCUACUGCCAGGGCAUGUCGGACGUGGCGGCGCCGCUCUUGGCCGUGCUGGAUGAUGAAGCUCAAGCUUUCCUCUGCUUCUGCUCCCUCAUGCGCCGCCUUGGACCCCGCUUCCGGCCCGGUGGCCGGGGCCUGGCCCGUGCCUUUGCCCACCUCCGGCGCCUCCUGCGCCGUGCAGACCCCCCAUUCUGGGCCUUCCUGGCUGCCCGUGGCGCCCACGACCUCCUCUUUUGCUAUCGCUGGCUCCUGCUGGAGCUCAAGCGUGAGUUUGCCUUUGAGGAUGCCCUCAGGGUGCUGGAGAUCACUUGGAGCUCACUGCCACCUGCCCCACCACCCCCCCCCGGUGGGGUUCCCCUCCUUGGGGCUCCCCUGGGCCCACGCCGGGCUUGCCGGGGGCUGCAGGAGCGGCGCGGGCUGAGGCCACGGCCCCCCCGGCGCCUCCGCCGGCAGCAGCAGCGCAUGGGGGCUGCUGUGGAUGGGCAGGAGGGCUCCAGUGAUGGGUCCAAGGUCUCUGUGGGUGGCGCAGAGGCUCCCAAGAGGUUUGGGGAUGAGCAAGACACACCAAGGAGCUCCAGGGGUGUCCCAGAGGGGCUUGGGAGCUCCAGGGUUAUCCAGAGCUGUGGGGAUGAGCAAGAGGGGCUCCAGAGCUCCAACAUCAUCAAGGGUGGUUCUGGGGGCAGCUGCGAGAAGCCUGAGGUCUUUGGGGGUGGCCAAGCUUGUCCUGACCAAAAGGGCUGGGAGAUCUCCCAGGAUGUCCAUGGCAAUAACAAGGGUUUUGUGGAGGUCCUGGGUGAUGCCAAUGCCCCCAGGGGUCUCCAAGAGCAUCCCAAAGCCUCCAGUGAUGGUGGCCAAGAUGCCGGUGGCCUCAGGGACACGGGAGAAGGCCAAGAGCCAGGUGUCUCCAAGCAGACCCAUGGAGCUCACCAUGUCUCCAAGAAGCCACGUGGAGAUCGGGAUGCCCUGGAGAAGUCCGUCCAUGACCACAGUGCUUCCAAGACGAUCCGUGAAAACCCCUAUGUGCCCAAAGACAUCAGAGGAGACCCUGAGCUCCUCCAUGUGCUUGGUGACACCCUCAAGGAGGUCAGUGGCAACUACUCCUGCUCCCCUGGACAGGUUGGUAAAGGUCCCAGUGAGGUUGAUGGGGACCCCAGAGAGGUUGAUGUAGAUCCCAUAGAGUUACAUGAGGCCCCCAGUGCGGGCAGCACCCCUGCUGAGGACCCCUGGGGUGGUGCUUGGCCUUGGGAAGCCUCAAGUUCCUCUUCCUCUUCCUCCUCCUCUUCCUCCUCAGAGGACGAGGUCGGGGUGGAGGACGAUGGGGCCCCACUGCCGCCGCCAGAAGAGCUGGGCCAGGGGAACCCCUUCCUGCUCUUCCUGUGCCUGGCCAUGCUGCUGGAGCAGCGGGAGGUGGUGAUGGCACGCGCCGGGGACUACAACGAGGUGGCCAUGCACUUUGACCGCCUGGUGCGGCGCCACCACCUGCCCCGCGUCCUGCACCGUGCCAAGGGGCUCUUCGCGCGCUACCUGGAGGGCUGGGGGGGCACGCCCCCGGGGGGGCAUGGCACAGGGUAAAUGGAGGGGGAGAGGUAUGGGG